AUGUUGUCCUCUACGUGGAAUUUCAUCAAACGCCACAAGAGGAAGUUCAUCGUCGCCGGGGCGCUGGUUGGAGGUGUGUACCUGCUUGGUAAAUAUGCUCAAAGGAAACUCCAGGAGAUGCAGGAGCGCGAAGCGGCGGAGUACAUCGCUCAGGCUCGGCGCCAGUUCCACUUCGAGAGUAACCAGAGGACGUGCAACAUGACAGUGUUGUCGAUGCUCCCAACUCUAAGAGAGGCUAUCAUACACCACCUGAACGCAGAGAGCCUUACAGCACUGCUGAAGUCCAAGCCAACAAACAAGGUUGAGAUUUGGGAGGACCUUAAGAUUAUCAGUUUCACCCGAAGCAUUGUGGCUGUUUAUAGUACCUGCAUGCUGGUGGUUUUGCUGCGUGUGCAGCUCAACAUAAUUGGUGGUUACUUGUACAUGGACAACUCUGUGACUAAAAAUGGAACUACGCCUUUGGCUCCUCCUGAAGUCCAACAGCAGUACCUGUCGAGUAUACAGCACCUUCUGGGAGAUGGGCUUAUAGAGCUGAUAACCGUUGUGAAGAAAGCUGUGCAGGAAGUUCUCGGGCUGGUCUCCUUGAAGCAAAAUCUGUCCCUGCAAGAUCUGGAGCAGCAUCUGACUCGGGUCAGACGGCUGGUGGAGGACGACUGCGGCUCCUUGAAACACAGAACUCUCUCCUGGUACAUGAUGCCUGAUGAGGAGAACACACUGGCUGAUCAGGCGUCUGGUCUCACAGAGAACGACAUCACAACAAUAAAGCUACUCAACGAAACCAGGGACAUGCUUGAUAGCCCUGAUUUCAAUACUGUACUCAACAUUUGCCUGAACCGAGGCUUCAGCCGUUUCCUUGACAACAUGGCAGAAUUCUUCCGACCUCCCCAGCAAGACUCCACCCCCUGCAGCACACCUGAUAGUCUUUCACAUGUAAGUCUUCCGCUUGCUAAAAUAAUUCCUAUUGCCAACGGACAGAUUCACUCAAUAUGCAGUGAAAUACCCAGCCACUUUGUGCAGGAUCUUUUGAUGAUAGACCAGGUGAAAGAGUUUGCGGCCAACGUUUAUGAAACGUUCAGCAGCCCCCUUGACCUGCAGAAGUAAACGCUAGGACCGAGUAUAGCGUGGACUUGUGUUGGAGGUCAGUUCCUGAGGAAUCUGCGAAGAGAGACACAGCAGAACAUUCCCUUCAACCAUCCUACGCAAAAAAAAAAAAGCUCAGGGACUUUUGCAUGGUGGAAUGUCAACUCAUGAACUGCACAGCAGUCUCGUUUUAAGGAACGAAAAGUGAAAGAUGGACAUUUUAUUCUGGUGAUAAUUAUUGGCCCAGACUCUUUGGGACUUGUAUUAAUCGCUGGUCAUUUUUAAGCCAAGUGUCUUUAUAGUUAUGUUAGAGGCUGACCUACUAAGAUGUGUCAUUUGCAACAGAAGAACCCGGUCCAGUCCAUGUGGACCUCAAAAUAAAACCGCAGUCCAUAUCCCAAACCA